GUUUCGGGUAGAAACAAUAGUUGAAGAUGUCCAGCAAAACAGCAAGCACCAACAACAUCGCCCAGGCCAGGAGGACAGUGCAACAGUUGAGAAUGGAAGCCUCCAUCGAGAGAAUAAAGGUUUCAAAGGCGUCAGCGGACCUCAUGUCCUACUGUGAGGAGCACGCCAGGAGCGACCCUUUGCUGAUAGGGAUACCGACCUCAGAAAACCCUUUCAAGGAUAAAAAAACUUGCAUCAUCUUAUAGAGGAACGCUGAAAUGGCUCCUCGCCUCUUCUCAACAAAGCAAAUUUUGAGCAGCUCCUUGGAAGAAAUUUACUUUCAGCUUAUUUGGUAACCACUGCUAAUAACUAAAAUACUCUAACUUGGAAUAAUCGACUCUGACGUCUUUAUUUUCCAAGUUGCCCUUUCUCUAAAACACCUUUUACUGAUUUCAUCCAGAAUAACAAUCCUCUUUCCCAUUUGAUAACGAUGGUGUCAUAUUGGUUUGGGCCAUUGAAAAAAAGACGAUUAUAUCCUUUUAAAUAUGCGAAAAAGCCAGUUAUAGCCAGACCUCAGUUACCUAAGUAGCUGUGUAUAUUAAAAUGCCAAGAAUGACUUCAGUUCUAAAACCUUUACAUCCUAGUACGUUAAUAGGGUUGUGCCAACUGUACAGUGUACCUGCGUGAGGAGUGUGUUGUGUAUAUAUGUCUUUGUAUAUACACAUAUCAAUGCUUAUUUCCUUAGUAAAAUCUUUCUCCAUGCCCGCAGUUCCUCACCUUUAGAAGUCAUACCUUUGCCUUGAGCUGUGUGUAAGUGGGUAAGAUUUUUUUCAUGCAGUUACUGUACAGACAGUGAAGGCCAUCCUAAAGAUUGUAGCCACUAUAAUUGAGUAGCGAAGAAAUCGUGCUGACCUCUUAAGCUAUAAUCAACAGUACCAAUUAAAAACUGAACUAAAAACCCUCUCAGGAGAUAUAAGGGAGCCUUUUGGGCUUCAGUGAUCCCACAUCUAGAAGGGCGGGGCUGGUGCCGGGAGGCCUCUGGGCAGCUGUGGCCCUGGGGCUUGUGUUCUCUGGGUUAGGGUUAGAGACCUCAGAAAUGUCCACCCUUGUGCUCGGAGGGAGACUGUGCACAUGAGCCCCGCCCAAAGAGGAGCAGGAAUGUGUGAAAGCCAGCUGCUUUCCUUAGCCAACCCUGGUGAAUUCCUCCUCACUGCCCGGUCCUUUAUCUUUCCUCUCCUGCUCGAAUGGCUGUUUCCAGAGGUGUGGUAUCACCUCCCCAGCCCCAAGUGGGUGGAACGUGGUGGGAAAGAAACAUACAAAAGCCAAAGGUAUAAGACACUACAAAUACCUGCUGGGCCGCUGUGUUGUUUCCAACCUUGUCCACAAACGCCCCCGGGCAGGCUUGGAUUCGGGGGUACAGUACCAGGGCUUCAGGGUUCCAGCAGGUGCUCAUCAGACUCUUGAUACUCCUCUGGACAUGAGCAGAGCCCUCAAAUCCUUGGACUUGCCAGUGGCACCCGGAGGAAUCUCCUAUGGCCACAGAGUAUUUUAGUUUUAUCAAAGGAGAAAGAAUCCCUUUUUUAUACAAAAAUGUUCACUUAAGGGCUCAAACCAUACACAAGCCUUUGAGCUUCUCAAUUAUCUUUAGUUCAUUAAAAUACCUACUAGUGACAGAUUCAAAGCUUAUUUUCAAAAAGGAUCCAACCCCAGGAUAUUACCUACAAUGGUUUUCCCUAGUUCUGUACAAUCCUGCCCUGCAACACAAUCCCCUUUUAAAAUCAAAUGUCUGGGUUUGGAGUAUGAAGCUGAUUGUGGGGGAACACAUGCAGGGCUGUUUUUAAACUGCUCAAAUAUAGUCGGGAUUUCCCCAGGCACCUAUCUGUUCAGCAUUGGGAACUGCCCUCACUUUUCCAACAUCAUGUGAAAAUCAUGCCACUGGCCUUAACCUCUUGUCAUCUACUGCUUGGUUUUGCAAUAGGCCCCAUUUCUAAGUAAAUUAGAGGCACCUGUUUAGGAGAGCUAAAGGUGAAAUUUGAAAUGUACACCAGAAAGACAUUACAUUUAAUGCUUCACUGAACGAGGCCUUUCCUUUUAACAAGUAUAUUUUUCUACUGAUUGUUUCAGAACACUAAUCUUAUUCUCAUUCUGAUUUUAACAUUUUUCUUUAAAUAUUUAUGAGGCAGUUUGUUAAAUAUUUUUAUGAAAUUUUAUUAUACCUUUUUGGCAUAUGUGCAACUUUUCAGUAGCAAGCAUAGUUUAUUCUUUAGUACUAAAUUAUGUCCUUUUUACCUAACAGAAAACAAAACGUGUUUUGCUCUCUAUUUGUCGAUGUGCUUGUAUUGGUAAGGAAUAGACUCGAGGUCCCAGGAGAUUUCAUUUUUGCUGGUCAGAUAUCAUAAAGGCUAGGAGUGUGAAUGUCAUGUAACUUCCUAACUAGGUGUAGGGCAUGUUCAAGAGAAGUGAAAUCCUAUCCUUGGGUGCUGGACCCAGUGGGGGAAAAUUGUAGCUAAAUGUUGAUUGACUUUCAACUAGAUGUCUGUGUAAGAAAAUCUAUGUAUAGGAUAUGCAGAAGUCACUUUUAUUUAUCAGGCUCUAUUCAACUUAUGAACCACAAUUAAACUGUUCUUCAGUAGCUGGCUUAUAAUGGACAAAUACCCAGUAUGUGUUGUGUUGUUGUUGGCGUUGUUGUUUUUCCAACUACCACUAUAAAGACACACUUAAUCACAUUAUAUACUUGGCAACUUCUUGGCUUCAUAUCUAUGAAGCUAUUUAAAUGUGUUCAUUAUUGACUUUUGUCUUUAAUGCUGCUUCUGUUAAUAGUGAUCUCCUUUUUCAUUCUUAUAUGUUCAUUAGUGCAUCAGUCUAUCCAUUGAGGCCUCAGGACCAUGGCAAAAUAUGCUAGACAAAAGUUCAUGAUUCCAAAGUAUUUUAUAGAAACGCAUUAUAAGAUGUCAUUCACAAGGUCUAGAUUGUAGUUACUUAUUCUUCUAAAAAGAAUCAGGGUUUUACAUUUCCUUACCUUAUUAAAAUCGGAGUUCCAUAAUGAUCUUUUAAAGGAAGGACCCAACUUGCUUUCUCUCUGUACUGUUUUUGUAUUUUAAACUAUUAAAAAAAAAUUUACCAAUGACUUAGUAAUUUUGAGGCAUAGCUCAGUUUAGGUAGUAGAAGAUAUGCUAAACUUGGCUUCGGAUGCUGCCUUCUCAGCCAGUUUACAAACAAGAUAAGCGUCGUCUGAUUAUUCCAACUAUCAGUUGAAGAUCUAUAGAGGCCCAGGAAAUGAACUAUAGUAGAUGUCAGUCCUUCUCAAUAAAAUAAAAUACUGGAGUGUGUUAUGAAUUGUAUUUUCUUUUAUGGUAGAUCAGUUAAUAGGAACAAAACACAUGAAACACAUAGAAAUAUGUGUAGAUUAAAAUAGAGCACUUACCUAAAGUUGGGUGGCCUGGAUCGUAGCCUUGGCUCCUUUUCCAGCCAAUCCUGUGUCCCUAUGUCCUGAGACUUCGGACAAGGCACUUCAUCUCGUUGGGCCCUCAUUUCACCAUCUGUAAACAGGAGGCUUAAGUAGAGGAUGGUAGAGACUCGCCCCAACCUCCCCUCUGAUGCCUCGGUCCAAUGGCCCACUCUACAGGUCCUGCCAAUGUGUUGGUGCUAUAAGCUGCUUCAAAUAUAAAAUUGGUUCAUCUAUCAUAUAUGCUCAUUUAAUAGCUUGUGAAAGGUCUUUUUGUGAUACAGCUUUUUCUAGUUUUAUGGACUUGAUGACUGUAAUGUCUUGUUUUUAGUCAUGUCAUUCUAAACAUCAUUCAUUUGAUGUUUCAGUAAUCUGCAUUUGAUACAUAGUUGGAGGGAUUUUGUUAUCUCAUAGCAUUCUUUGGCUCCUCAUCUGUCCAGCAUCUUAUUAACCUAAGCACUGUGAUCAUUGUUUGGAAAUCUGUCCUAUGGAAAAAAUAAAAACAUUUACUUCACAUGUACUUCACAGAUUUAAAAGAAAUUUCAUUAAAACAUCAUUGUUCUCUUUACUGGAUCAGUGCCUCACUAUAUUAUCCUACCUGUGUUUUGCUCAAUAAAUUGAUAGAAGACCCA